AUGAUGCUGGCCGUGCUGCGGAAGCCGUGGACGCUGCUGCUGCCGCGCCUGGACUGGCUGCUGACGCCCGACGCGCUGCUGCAGCUGCUGAUCCUGUGGCCGCUGGAGCUGUACGAAGCUGUGGCCAUCCUGCCCGUGAGCUUCCUGCGGCGCCACGUGCCCGUGCUGGGCGGCGCGCUCGUGGUGCUCAUGGCGCUGCACGGCAUCCUGCUGCGGCUGUUCCUGGAGCUGCUGCGCGCCAUCUUCGCGCGCGUCACGUACUCGCGCGACCCGGAGCUGACGUUCCGCAGCUUCUGGCGCGCCGUGCAGGACCACUACGCGUCGCUCGAGCCGCGGCGCGUGGACUGGCAGCUCGUGCGCCAGCUCUUCGGAGACGCCAUCCAGCCCGCCACCAGCGACGAUGACCUGUGGAUCGCGCUGCAGGAGAGCGUCUCGCUGUGCGACGACCCGUCGCUGGCGGUCUCGCGGGCCGCGGGCGCUGCGGCGGGCGCGUCGGCCGGCCCCCGGACGCUCACGGUGCGCGGCCACAAGCUGCCCACUGCGGCGGCGCUCAAGUUCCAGCAGCAGACGCUGGCCGCGAUUGAGAGAGAGCACCUCACACAGGGAGGCCGCAGGAUCGCCAACGACCGCUUCGUCUGCGGCAUCCUGAACGCCGAGACGUGUCCUGGCUGGAGGAUCGGGUACAUUUGUCUUACGGCCAUGCAGGGCUUCGUCAAGUUCCCGCUGCCCCGAGUGGACGCCCUCAUGCCGUCGUGGACGAGAGGGGGUCCUGGGUUGAAGGGUGCAGGUGCAGGUGCAGGGCAGACGCUGCUGGAGGUGGACGGCAAGGCUGGAGCUGGCAAGGGCGGAGCUCUGGCCGGCAGUUCCGCCGUGGCUGUGCCUGAGAUCUAUGACCUGGAGUCGAUGCGCUGGUCGUUGGAAGCGAUCUUGCUGGGACUGGGAGAUGUGGAUGGGCUCAUCUUGGACUUGCGCUUCAAUCAAGGUGGAGGCUCACACGUGGCUGCAUUGACGGUAGCGUCGUUCUUUGCCAGUGAGAACAAAGCGGCGCUGGCCUUUUCGAAGGACGAGAAACUACCAGGCGCCAGUCCGAGAUUCUCCAAGCGGAAGAAAUACUACAUCCCGUACACUUCGCGCUGCUCGCGAUAUCGCGGCCCUCUCGCUGUGCUCCAGAGCCAAUACACACGUGGCACGGCGGAGCUACUGUGUCUAUCGCUGAUGAAGCGCCCGCUUACAUGCCGCAUUGGCGCUACCACUGCGGGAAGCUUGUCACCCACACGCCAGCUCCGUUUGCCGAACUACUGGACCGUUGAGAUUCCGCACCAGCGGAUCUUCAGUCCGGACAACACGCUGUACGAGGGCGUGGGUAUUCCCCCUACCAAGGUCGUCCCCGACAUGGAAGUAUACCCGGCUCAAAUGAGCAACGGCAGCUCUCCUAAGAAGCAGAAAACCGCAGCUGCUGCCUCAAGUGCCGCCUUCGACCCCUGUAUCAGGAAGGCGAUCGACCACAUCAUGGAUGUUUGA